GUCUAAUGGAGAAUCACGCUUCUUUUGUCGGUACAUUUACUGGCUGUAACCAAAAAGAGCUUUUUCUUGCCGAAAUCGUAGUAUUCCUCGCUUUGGUCUUGAGAAACAUUUCACUACCUUGGGUAUUUCUCGGACAGAAGUUUAACACUGGCACGCUCAAAUUUUUAUUGGAUUAUGUAUUUCUUGUACUACCAGGACUGCUUGCGAUGACCGUGUUCUCACAGUCUUUAUUACUGCUCACAAGUGUGCUUACUGCUUGCCUGGCUACUCUCCUUGUGUUUAUUGUAUGUGAAUAUCUUAUGUCAUCUGAUCGCCCUGCCUCUAGAAUUGUGCUGAAUAGGAUAAUUGACGAACACCACCAACCAACUAUGUUUUUAACAUAUUUCAGAUGUGCUCUCUUAAUCUCUGUCGCUACGGCAAUUUUGGCAGUGGACUUGCCGGUGUUUCCUCGUCGAUUUUCUAAAACAGAAAAAUACGGUCAUAGUUUAAUGGAUACAGGAGUAGCGGGGUUUGUGUUCGCCGCCGCUGUUACGAAUCGAGUAAAGACAUUGAGUACGUGUGAUAUGAAGACUGUAUUGAAAAGGAGAUAUUGGUUACGCUGGUUACGUUCGUCAUAUGUUGUACUUCCUCUGAUAGGACUAGCGCGUACUGUUCUGCUCAUCGUACUGGACUAUCCACAACACGUAACGGAGUAUGGCGUGCACUGGAAUUUUUUUUACACACUAGCAGUAGUUAAGAUUGUCUCCAAUUCACUAUCAAGUAAAUUUCCAUUACUAUGGGCUCUUCUUUUUGGUAUUCUUCAGCAGACAAUGCUCACUAAUGGAUACGAGGAGUGGAUUUUAAAUGGUGACAACAAACGUGACACUUUGUUCACCGCAAAUGCUGAGGGAAUAUGUUCAUUGAUGGGAUAUAUUACGAUAUUCUACAUAUCUGAUGCUGUUGCUAAGUUUGUGUCUAAGACAGGGAUUCGGGUAAAAUCUUGGAUUGAGUGCUGCUGGAGGCUCUAUAUUUUUGCCUUUAUUUUCUACAUCAUGCAACUAGGAGCUGAGUGGACGUUAGGGCAGCCGUGCAGAAGAGUAGUCAACAUUUCUUACACGAAAACCCUUGGUAUGGAGUACAACCCUGUCUGUCGACGUCCGUUAACAAGUCGGGAUUAA